AGAUCUGACUGCGCUGGGCGUUUCCAAACUCUGCUGGGUUAGAAGAGCAAGUUUGGCCGAGGCUCCGUUUGACAUCGACACCAGCAGACACCAGCAUCACAGCCAAGAGCGACUAACCAUCCACCCGAAGGCGCACGAAGCAGGACAGCCAACAUGAGCAGAUGUCUGGUUACCAAGGCGGAGGUGCAAGGCUUCAUCGAGAGGUGUAUGAUAGCCGUGGGCACCAAGCCACUUCAUGCCCGCAGCCUGGCGGAGGUGCUGGUGGAGGGGGACCACAGAGGCCACUACAGUCAUGGACUCAACAGGAUGGAAAUGUAUGUAAAGGACAUCCAGUCAGGAAUCUGUGCCAAGGACGGUGAGCCGGUGGUGGAGAAGGAGAGUGCUGCCACAGCACUAGUGGAUGGGAAGAACCUCCUGGGUCCUGUGGUGGGAAACUUCUGCAUGAAUCUGGCCAUUCAGAAGGCCAAAGAAGCUGGCAUCGGCUGGGUAGUGGCACACGGUUCCAACCAUUACGGUAUUGCUGGACACUACGCAUUGCUGGCUCUGAAGGAAAACAUGAUUGGCAUGUCAUUUACCAACACGUCUCCACUGGUGGUUCCCACACGUGGUAAAGAGUGCACUCUGGGCACCAACCCCAUCAGUGUGGCUGCACCUGCUAAGGACGGAGACAGCUUUGUUCUGGACAUGGCCACGUCAGCGGUAGCACUUGGAAAGGUGGAGCUCCAUGACCGACGUGGAGACUCUAUCCCUGAGGGCUGGGGCUGUGACGACAUGGGCAAGCUGACCCCAGACCCUAAGAAAGUUCUGGCUGGAGGCGGACUGGUUCCCAUUGGCGGCAGUGAAGCCACAGGAGGAUACAAAGGCUAUGGUCUGGGAAUGAUGGUAGAGGUGUUCUGUGGUAUCUUGGCUGGUGCCCACUACAGCAAAUAUAUCCGCACGUGGAAAGUCACAGACCGCGUUGCCAACCUGGGUCAAUGUUUUGUGGCGAUCAACCCAGAGAACUUUGCUCCCGGAUUCGUCGACAGGAUGUCAGACCUGCUGUCCAUUCAUAGAGGAAUGGACCCCGCUGACCCCGACAGUCCUGUCUUGGCUGCUGGAGAUCCUGAGAGGAUGAACAUAAAGAAGUGUGAUGAACUGGGCGGGAUACCCUACCACAUCAAUGUUGUCAACUACAUGAACGAAUGUGCUAAGAAAAUCGGUGUCAGCCCGCUGCUGCCAUGUGACAAAAUCAUCUCCAGUUAGUCGGUUCAAUCAAGAUGUUCGGCAUUGAAAUGGCACUUGACGUUCACGUUGUGCAGCUGAGGAAUGCAGCCCUGUUUAUGCACAUUGUACAUGCUGACAAUCAUUUGUUCAUAUACUUUUUAGGUAUUUCAUUUGUUUUAACCUUUGUGGGAGUUUUAAUGAAGAAACAUUUGUUUUUUUGUCUCAAGAUGGUGAAUCUAAAAUCUGUGACAGUGAAAUGUGCACAUUCUUUGUCAGCUCAUUCACAUCCAGCAAUCAGCCGUAACGCUACGACUCACAACAUCUGAGUGUGAGAGUUACUGUUGAGAGAUGAGCUGAAGUUUUUGUGGUCUGUUAUCAUUUUUUGACAGUUGGGUCAUUCUGGCAGUGAGCCGUCCAGCUACGAUGCAGUGCAGUUUUGUAACUGUGCAGUAAUCGCUACAGUAUUAAGCACAAAAAUAUGUGUUUUUAAUGCUGAUAAGCAUUAUUUUGAUUAUUUUGACAAUUGACCAUAAGAAUGUUCUAGUUUUAUAAAGGUCAAAUCCUCUUUUUACUGCAAGGUUAUCAUUACAAAUGGCAUUCUUAUGUGUCUUAUUCAAUAAAAGCCAUAUGAACCUAAA